CUAUUUAGGGUUAGAACUAUAUAACUAAGAAACCUACAACAUAACUUCCCAUUCUCUCUUUCUUUCCAUCUUAGUCAUCUUAUUUAUCUCUUUCUUAACUUCUUACAAAAAAUAAAAACUUAGGACAAAAGAAAAACAUCUUAGCUUGAGUACUAGAAAUGGUAGAAAUAAUGAACAACACACAAAUUUCAAACGGUUUCCUUCAUCAAAAUACAACCACUGUAUCAAAUGAUAAUCCUCCUCUUUUAAAGAGGAAGAGAAAUCUUCCUGGAAAUCCAGAUCCUGAAGCAGAAGUGAUAUCUUUAUCACCAAAAACACUUAUGGCAACAAACAGAUUCGUGUGUGAAAUUUGUCUAAAGGGUUUUCAAAGGGAUCAAAAUCUUCAACUUCAUAGACGUGGACAUAACCUUCCUUGGAAGCUGAAGCAAAGAACAAGUCAAGAAGUUAGGAAGAGAGUUUAUGUGUGUCCUGAGAAGACUUGUGUACACAAUCAUCCUUCAAGGGCUUUGGGAGAUUUAACUGGAAUAAAAAAGCACUUUUGUAGGAAGCACGGUGAGAAGAAGUGGAAGUGUGAGAAAUGCUCAAAGUUUUAUGCUGUUCAAUCUGAUUGGAAAGCUCAUUCAAAGACAUGUGGUACUAGAGAAUACAAAUGUGACUGUGGCACUAUAUUUUCAAGGAGGGAUAGCUUUGUAACACACAGGGCAUUCUGUGAUGCCUUAGCAGAAGAAACAGCUAGAAUAAACGGAUCAACAAACAUAAACAACUCAUUGGGAAUGGUUAGUAAUAAUAUUGGUUACAGCAUCAUGCAAACUUCUCUAGCCCCAAGUAAUUUUUCUUCAAUUUUCAAGCCAAUUUCAUGCACAAAUCAAGAAACAUCAAGAGGCCUAUCCCUUUGGAUGAAUCAAACAUCUCAAGCUCAUGACACAAUGACAAAUAAUAGCAAUUUGCAUGAGAUUCAUCCACUUGUUGGAAAUGGAAACACACUUGUUUCAUGCUCAAACCCACCAAACUCUAAUAAUUAUGAGCUAAAUUGGUUGUUUGGAAAUAAAUUAUCUUCCAAUAAUGGAUGUGAAGAGUUAAGUAGCUCUGUUUCACUUCCACUAGUUAAUAGUAACAUUGAUAAGGAUAGUUCAAACAACCUUAUUAGUGUUCCUUCCUUGUAUAGCUCACAACACCAAUCUCAAACAACCUUUGCAAACAUGUCAGCAACAGCUUUGUUGCAAAAAGCUGCUCAAUUUGGGACAACUAAUUCAGCUGACCCAUUAUUACUUGGAAGCUUAGGUAUGAGAUGCAAUAGUACUACUCCAACUCAACAAGAUCAUGGAAACAAAUUUUGUGGAGUGUAUGGUUCAGCUUCAGCAGCAGACAAAUACUAUUCAGGUGAAUUGUCACAAAUGCCCCCAACAAAACGGCGUCGUGUUCAUACUGAUGAGACUGUGUGGGGGCAAACUAGGGAUUUUCUUGGUGUUGGAGGUGUUAAUCAUGUGCCAUCCUUCAUCAAUCAAAGGAUGGAUUUUAUUUAAUCAUGUAUUCUUGAUUAGAAGUUUUUAAUUAAUUUCUUUUUCUGUUUUCUAAA